GAGUAGUGAAGACCAUGGAUCCUCUAAGAUCACAUGUGUCACAAGAAAUCCACAAUCUCAUGAAGACCUCGGAGAACCAGGUCAUUGAUGCUGUCACCAAAGUCAUUCACUCCAGACCAUUCUUAGAUAACCUAGGAGGAACCGUCGGUGCUGUCGUUGGCCCAUCAGUCCAGAAUUCCUGCCGUGAAGCCUACAAUAAGUUGCUCUUACCGGGACUGAAUGCACUGACACAGCAGGUGUUCUCUCAAGUCAAUGAAAGCUUCAGUCGUGGCACCAAAGAGUACCUUCACAAUGUGGAGAGCGAAAUGCAGAGUGGGCGCACAGCCAUGCAGGAGAGUCUCGGCAAGGCAUCCCAGUCUCUGAACACAGCCUGCUCAUCCCUCACCACACAGACAAAGAACCUGCAGGAGAAUGUCACCAAGCUCGGGGCCCAGCAGAGCAUUAUCACAGAAUCUCUAGCAGAGCGUAUCCGUGCGCUGGUCCGAGAAGAAGUCACCCGGGCCCUCCAGGAGCACCAGGCUGCUGUUGAUGCCCGAAGCCGAGCACACACACCUGCACCAGCCCCACAUGUCCACAACCCCAAACUAGCCCAGCAACAGGUUCAGAACCUCAUUUCCUCGGGCCAGUUCAACACCGCCUUUAAGCAGGCUCUCUCUGCAUCAGACCUUAGCCUCGUGGUGUUUGUGUGUGAGCGUGUCAACCCCCAGCAGGUGUUCAACAUCACCCCCUGCCCACUUAGUCAAGAUGUGCUUCUGUCCCUCGUCAACCAACUCUCACAUGAUCUUUCUACUUUCACUGACCUCAAGAUCAAGUACCUUGAAGAGGCUGUUAUGAAUCUGGAUGCCUCGCACCCAGUGACCCGCGAGCACAUGCGACCAGUGCUGCAGGGCUUCCAGCGCAACCUGCAUACACACCUGGCUGCCAAUCCCAACCACAAGAAGGUCAAGAUGCUACUCAUGGCCGUCAACCACCUUGUUGCCUUGUAAACUGCGCACGGUUCCCUCUGUAGCUGAGGAACUCUGACUUUUUAUUUUGUUAUAAUUAUUAUUAUUAGUUUUGUUUUUCAUUUUGUGUUUUUGUUGGUUUCAAAAAUGGAAGGGGAAAAGAGCAUUAACAUGGACCUGUUUUUUUUUUUUUUUUUUUUUUUUUUAGGUUAUUGUUUUGCCUGCCCAGCAGUCUCAUUAUUAAAACUACUGCAGUCUCCUGUAUGAGCUGUAGCUGCCUAAGCAGCACAGGAUAAAACUGCUAAUGCUUUUUUUGCCAUCAUAAAGUGAUAUAUAUCUUUUAUUGUGUCAAUGAUAAUUGUCUUUUAUUGAGUCAGUGAUAAUUGUCUUAGCGUUUUUUCAGUUUCUCAUUGUGUAUAUGGUUACCUAUCUCUAGGGUAAGCCAGAUGAGGUCAUUGUGGAAAAUGUUUUGAGCAGCUGUAUCUCUCUCUGAUGAGCUGAAUUUGAUUUUUUCCCUUGCAAAAAAUGGUACAUUACAGUUAACUGUAAGAAUUAAGGAAGUCCAUCACUUUAUAUGAUCCCCAUUUUAUUAGUUAGGUACUGGGAUAUAUGCAUGUUUAGAAUUCAAAGUCCAUAAACCAAGUCUCAGAUUGUAUGGAAUACACAAUUGCCUUCUUUUUUAUGUUAUUAAAGCCAAAUGGAGGUGUAUUUAUCUCCUAGGUUCUACAUGUUGCUGGGUAGGCAAAAGAUAAAUAGAGUGAAAGAUUUGAAAAAUCAUCUUUUAUAAACUCAAAAGAGCUAAGCCAAUACUUGAUAAUGCAUGUGUAAUGCUCCUGUGAUUAUGGCACAGAUUUUUUUAAGUUGGAGAUAUAUAUAUAUAUGAUAUAGAAUGGUGCUUCAAGCCCUGAAGGAUUAUUGAUACACUUGCUAGAACUUUGUAUCUUGUAGCUUUUUUAUAUUUGUAAGAUGUAAGAUUUCAAACCCAGUGUUAGAAAAAAAAUAAAGGAAUAGUUCAGAUGAAAUGAGAGGAAAAGGAAAACGGGGCCGGCAUGAAGACUGAAAACAUUGUGAGGAAGGUUGACAUACUUGGUUUUGUAGAUCAGGGAAGGAAAGGGGUCGGGGGGAAGGGAAAAUAGAAGAAAUGAAAUGGCAGAAAACAUCCACGUUUGUGUGAUGUUCGCAUUUAUGGGAAUGCAACAUUGUGAAGCAAAUAAAAAAAAGCCUCCUUGUCAGUGUCUUUCUCCAAAUUUUGUUAUACUACAUUUAGUAUUCAGAACAUAAUAAAGAAUGAUUAGAUUUACAUUGUCCUUUGAAAACAUUACAACUUCACAUGGUAGACUUAAGUUUUGAGUUGAACAUAAAAAGACUCAAAUACAGUAUUGUGAAACCAAGAAAUAAAUUCUUUUCCCCUACUGUAGCUAUUUUUCAUUAAAGGUGUGUAUAUAUGUUUUGUAAGGUUAGAAAUAAUAAAGUAGAAAUGGUAAAGUUGUUAAGGGAAAUAUAAUGAUGAUGCAUAAUUCAUUAUAUAACAAAUGCUAAAGUACUAUUCCAUAUUUAGAAAAUAGAUGUAUGGGUUGACCAUUAUACACAUAGCAUGGUUUUUUUUUUCUUUCUACUCUCUUCUGUUAGAUACUUGGAAUGUUUUUUUCCAUUUUGCCAGUGAAAUGUAUUUUCUAUUUCUUUUGCAUUCAAUAUAGUAACCAUCAUCUUCGAGAUUGAUAACGGGUGUGAUUCUGUUUCCUCAGCCAAUUACUGUUUUUUGCAUUGUACUGUAAUGAUAUUAUAUUAUAUGAGAGUUCUUUGUGUAGAACCUUGUAAAGAGAUGGUCGACUAUUCUUUGGAGGUUAUCUUCAUGGUGGAGCUUUUCCUUCUGCGGUUAAAUAUCAUUAUGUGUUUUAUGAUGAAACACAUUUGUAAGUAAAUUUUUAAAUCUUUUAUUUCUUGUUAUUAUUGUUUUUUUUUCUUUCUUUCUUUUUUUAUGUAAAACCUGCCUUUUACUUUCUUUCAUAUCUUUUCUCACUUUUCUCUUCUCUCCUCCCUCACAU